UUGGUCGUCAAGGAGAACUUCCCCCUCAGCUGCAGGGCUGGAGGCUCCAGUGUGGCGCAAGAUGAUCCACAGCUCCAUCACAUUAAAGAGGAGGAAGAGGAUCCACAGUCCCCCCACAUUAAAGAGGAAGAGGACCCAGUCAGCAAGUUGUCACUAAAUGUCAUCGUUGUGAAGAGUGAAGAUGAAGACGAAGCACUCGAGUGGUCUCAGCUUCAUAACAAGAGUCCCAGUGAAGACCACCGCGAAGGACCACCCCCACACAGGGAAGACAUACAAGAACCUUUGAGAAGCGACACAAGCUGUGAAGGUGAUGAGAUAUUGUCAAAAUCCUCCCAAAAGGAAACAACUCUACAAACGGAUACAACUCUACAAAACAAGAAAACGCCACAAACAUUCGGGAGACGUCAAGAACAUUUCAGCUGCUCAGUUUGUGUUAAAAGCUUCACUCUAAAGUCAAACCUGGUAAUACACAUGAGAACACACACUGGAGAAAAACCAUUUCGCUGCUCAUUUUGCAGCACAGCAUUCUCUAGAAAAGAAAGUAUGGAAACACACAUGAGAACACACACAGGAGAAAAACCUUUCAGUUGCUCAUUGUGUGGCAAAACAUUCUCUCAAAGGGCAACUUUUGUGGCACACAUGAGGACACACACAGGAGAAAAACCAUUUACUUGUUCAUUUUGCGGUAAAAGAUUCCCUCUAAAGUCGAGUAUGGUUUCACACAUGAGAACACACACAGGAGAAAAACCUUUUGGUUGCUCAUUGUGCGCUAAAACAUUCUCUCAAAGGGCACAUCUGGAAUCACACAUGAAAACACACACUGGAGAGAAACCCUUUCGUUGCUCAGUUUGCAGUAAAACAUUCUCUCGAAAAGACAAUGUGGAAUCGCACAUGAGAACACACACAGGAGAAAAACCUUUUAUUUGCUCUUUUUGUGGCAGAACAUUCACUCUGAAGGCAACUAUGGUAAAACACAUGAGAACUCACACGGGUGCAAGACCUUUUAUUUGUUCAGUUUGUAGUGGAAGCUAUGCUUGUAGGUCUACUUUAACUGCACACAUGCGGACACACAACAGUGUGACAAAUGUUUGAAAGUCAGCUCCCAUAACAGCCCGACAUCCGAAGCAGACCGCAUAUUGUUUUGAAAAGUGUUUCGUUUUGAAAGCUGUCUGGACGGAAGACUACCUGAUAGUUUGUCUGUACUCAGUGACAUUAUUGGUACUGGAACUGAAUUGGUAUAAAUCACUAAAUAUCAAAAUGACUCAUCAAAAUCUCUUCAGUAUAAACGUUAGUGAUUGUUAUUCAGAAAACUCACAUGUCUCAGCUACAUUUUAGGAUCAGGUUAUUAUUGAAACAGAUUCAAUACUUAAAAUGAAUAUUCUAAUAAUUUUCAUCACAGUAACAGUGAUACUCAUUUUUACCUGUAUACGCUCAUGAAAUCGCUAGAAAAAUUCACAAGUUGCUUUUGGUGCUUACCCACAUCCUAAACAUCAGAUGACAAAUUACGCAAGUUGUUUUUAAUCUUCACCAUGGUAAAAUAAUUUGAACCCUGCCCCUAAACUUCUAGCCUUACUGCCUUUCCACCUGCACUCCUGGACACACAAUAUAUCAACCUUUUUCCUAAUCAUCAUGUCAACCAACUCCCGAGAUUUUCCUGUCAUAGUCCCAGCAUUCAAAGUCCCCACAUUCAAUUCUAGGCUGUGUGCUCUUCUCUUCUCUUUCUGCCUAAGAACCCGCUUUCCACCUCUCCGUCGUCCUUGACCCACAGUAGCUGAAUUUCCACUGCCGCUCUGCAGGUUAACGGCGAUUGUGACAGGCGUUGUUAACUUGGGCCACGGCCGAUCCGGUAUGGAAUUCUUUGGAUGAACGCUCAUACAGUAUUUGUUUGGGAAAGUUAUAACGGUCAGAGGACAAAGAGGUUAAAAAUGUUCUUGAUAACUCUAGAACCCCUUUACAAACCACAUCUGCCAUUUCGAAGUGAUUAAAAAGCAGAUAUACGGCAGUUAAAUCGAUAAAUAUGAUUCAGAAUGCGCAUUUUUCAUCCAGCGCCUUCUGGUCUUCGGCUCGAUCCGGCGCUGUGACAUAACACGAGCCAAAUAGCCUGUUCAUCAGCAUUGUGUGCUAUUGUUCCAUGCUGUUGUUCCCGUCCUUGUAUAUUUGUUGUCGUGUGAGACAAAGCGGAACGGAAGAUGAAUGAAUGAUUUAUUGAUUUUCACGAUGGCUUAUUGUGUGGCAUUUGCUCGUACAAAUGGUUCAGGCAGUGGCAAGAGUUUCUUUGGCUUUCCAAGUGAAAAAGGAGUACGUGACCAGUGGACAGGGAAAGUCAAUCGACAGGGGAAGAAAUGUGGUCGGCUAUGGGUGCCUAGCAAGCAUUCCAAACUCUAUGCUGAUCACGUCGAACCGGCGUGUUUUGAGAAUGACAGAAAGCAUUGGAUACACAGGUGUAGUUAACCAGUGGCUGAAACCAGCUGCAGUCCCAACUAUGUUUCCUACGGCCAUCGGGACCUCAACCGCCAGCAAGAGAACUAAAUCUUGCAGCCGCCAUGGUCAAGAAGAAAUAAAAAUUAAAACCCACUGAGACCACUGUCUCUUUUUCAAGAGUAUUCUCGCCAAGAAACCCGAAGAAUACUGACCAAAUGUACAUAAUGCACGUACAAUAAAAUACUCUAUCAUAUCACAACAAAUAAAUAUAAGCGGUACAGAGAUGGAUGGAUGGAUGGUUGGAUGGACCAACGCAUUAUGAAUCCCACACGAACGGCCGACUGCUCAUACUGCGUCUGUUCAUGACUCUAUGUUUCUAUCGACAAGUGAGGAUGCUGGAGCAAGUAAAUUAUGCAUUCAUGGGAUUCACAAACAUAGCAGUGUGUAUUUCCAAUCCGCUCUGCGCGGUAUUGUGUCGUCUCUUCUGCAGGCAGUGCCAUCACAUCGACCCAGUGGCCACUCUCUUUUUCUGUUGUACAGCUGCUACUUGGCUGCUCGUCGUCGUCACUGUCAGCUUCAGACCUCCUGAUCGGCUCAAACAUGUAGGGUUUGACGAUCCCAAUUUCAGUUGGGUGCUCCUGUACGUCGAAAUCCUCGUCCUCCUCAUAUUCCAACACGUUGCUCGCCACUGCGUAGAGUGCAGCGCGCUGUGUUUGGCAAUUGCAACGUCACUUCCGGUAACCCUUGUGGUGGAUAGAGUAACUCCACCCCGGCGUCUCGAUUUUAGGGUAUGUUCGGGAGUGCUCAAUACUCAUAAUUAAAACCUCAUUUUUAGCUAAACUAUAGUUGACAACUUGCUGGAAGUGACGUGCAUGUAUUACAGUGACGUGGAUGUAUUGCAUAACAUAAAAACAAUGCAGGCACGGUGGAUGACGAGUUAGCACAUCUGCCUCACAUUUCUGAGGACUGGGGUGUGAAUGUGAGUGCGAAUGGUUGUUUGUUUAUAUGUACCCUGCGAUUGGCUGGCGACCAGUUCAGGGUGUGCCCCGCCUCUCGUUCGGAGAUGGCUGGGAUAGGCUUCAGCGCGUCCGCGACCCUAGUGAGGAUAAGCGGAAUGGAAGAUGAAUGAAUGAAUGAAUGAAGGAAGGAAUAUUCAUCUUUGUGAAUGAAACAACAUUCACGUCAACGAAAGAGCAGAACCGCUCCAUCCAAUACGAACAUUGCGCGAGUUACUGUCUAUGCAUCUGUUUAGCGACCAGUUCGAACUUCGGUACUUGUUUGGUGACAUA